CCGGAGUGGUCCCGGCUCAUUGGUAGUCCGCAGCGCAUUCCUUGCCUUCCACGCGGUUAAUUUCCAAUCCCCACUACCAAUUGGUUCCUUGACUCCAGUCGCCCUCCCCAGCACAAAAUGUCUUCGGGGUUUGUGUCUGCUGGGACAGACCAAGAACCCGUCGAGCGGGACGACGAAUGGCUCCGCGUACAACAUGAGCUUGAGGAGGAGCGAAAGCGCAAGGCCGAUCUAGGCAAACAGGAUGGCGGGAAAAGCUUGUACGACGUUCUGCAGCAGAACAAAAUGGCCAAGCAGGAAGCCUUCGAAGAGAAGAUCAAGUUGAAGAACCAAUUUCGCUCCCUAGAUGAGGAUGAAGUCGAUUUCUUGGAUUCCAUCAUGGAGUCAACACGCGCCCAGGAGGCCGCGGUUAAAAAGGAAACAUCCGAGCAGCUCGAGUUAUUUCGCCGACAGCGGGAAGAAGCAGAGAAGGCUCUGUUAGAAGAUACGUCGGCAGAUGUCGCGCCAGCCGCUGAAGGGGAGGACUGGAAAAUACCGGCCCGCAAGAGAAGACGAGAGAAGAACAAGGAGUUACUUCUUCCUGGUAAGAAACGCAAAUCUACAAGCGAGGUUGCUGGUGGAUCCUCCGCUUCAGGAGAGUCCAAGUCCGCCCAAACUACGAGGAAGCCGGAAGAGGCGCCCGGGUCUGUGUCGGCUCAAAAAGCUACACCCAUAGAGACGCAGAAGUCUCCAGUGGAAUCAACAAAGACGAUUAAUCCCGCAAAGAACACGCAAGGUGCUGCGUCGGAUCAAUCAGAAAAGAAGUCAGAGCCAGCGGCGAAACCGCCAUCGCUGUCUCUUGGCCUCGCAGGAUAUAGUUCGGAUUCGGAAUAAGACUGCUUAUCCAACUGUCGGAUCUCUUGCAAUUUCUUUCUUUGACUUCAAUUGCGGACCCCUUGCGCAUCAUAACUCCAUGAUUUCUACAAUUGGGAUCCGGCUCUACCCAUUGACCGGAUUGCUCGCGGGUAUGGGUUUACUGGUAAGGACCAAAAAAAGUCGACAGUGCAGGCUCCAGCGAUCAACAGACCACAACCAGCGCGAGGUUAAAUUCGUCUAAAAUUCUCUCAUACCAAAGAAAGCAUUAACCCAAUAUAUGAUU